AUGGCGUCUCCGCCGCUGCCCCGUCGCUCCGUCCUGCCCCCAUUAGGCAUCCUCUACAGCCGCAUCGUCCGCGGGCUGCUGCCGCCACUUGUAUGCGUCCUGCUGUCGUCCUACAUCGUCUGCUGCUACGAGGAGCUCUGGCAGGAGGGCACUCUUGACCAAUGGGUCCCCUGGUUCCCCUGGCCGGACCUGGCCGUGUCGCCAGACGGGCCGUUUGCGAUCUCGACGUUUGCGCUGUCGCUGCUGCUGGUGUUCCGCACCAACAGCAGCUACGACCGCUGGGGGGGCGCUGGCGCGCGGCGUCUAGCAAGCAGCAGCAGGAGCCAGAGCAGCAGCGGAAGCGGCAGCUGCAGCAGCAGCAACAGCACACCAGCAGCAGCCGCAGCAGCAGCCGCAGCCGUGGCGGCGGCGGUAGCAGCAGCAGCAACAGCAGCAGCUGCACAGCAUCAGCAGCAGCUGCACAGCAGCAGCAGCCGCAAUAGCAGCAGCAGCCGCAGCCGCGGCGGCAACAGUAGCAGGAGCAGCAGCAGCAGCAGCAGCCACGGCGACGGCGGCGGCAGCACCCUGCAAGCGUGGGAGGCGUGCACCGCCUGGAACAACGUGGUGGCCUCCACCAGCCACCUCGCGCGCCAGGCCUGCCAGUGGCUGCCCAGCUCCGCCCCCGAGGACGAGCGCACCCGCGAGGCGCUGCUGCGGUGGCUGACCGCGUUCCCGCUGGCGCUCAAGACAUACGUGCGGGAGGAGGUGCCCGAGCGCCUGCAGCUGCUCGUCGACGACGUGCUGCUGCCGGAGGAGCAGGCGCUGCUGCUGGCGUCGCCCGUGCCCCCGCAGACGGCGCUGUCCAUGAUCGGCAGCCUCAUCAGCAGCAGCGGCAUGACGAUCGACUCGAAAACGCACAUGGACGAGAGUGUGCGGCGGCUGCAGGACGCUUUCCAGUGCAGCGAGAAGAUCCUCAGGACACCCCUGCCCCUCAGCUACUCAAGGCACACGUCGCGUUUCCUGGUUACAUGGCUGACCUUCCUGCCCUUCUGCGCCUGGAAGGAGCUGGGCUGGGCCACGGUGCCGGUGGACGUAAUCCUGGGCUUCUUCCUCCUGGUGCGCUCCUGA